AUGUCACACUACCGUGGAAGCAUAAAGGAUGAUGGGUGGUCGGAACAUGGUGGAUACAUGCGUGCUAAGAAACUGAAGUUGGAAAAACAAUUCAACGAACAAGAAGUAUCUGGUCCUUCAAUUUUCGGUGGUGUAUCUAUUUAUGUGAACGGCUAUACAGACCCAUCAGCUUCAACCUUACGUGAUUUAAUAACACGUCAUGGAGGUCGUUACCAGGCAUACUACAGUCGAUCAGCUGUCACCCAUGUGAUCGCCAGUCGUCUGCCUUAUGGGAAAAUAAAUAGAUUGUCAGAUGAGAAGAUUGUUACUGCGAAUUGGAUUACUGAAAGUAUUGAAGCUGGCAAACUCUUACCGUGGCAAAGUUACCAGUUAUAUCCAGCUCAUCGUUCUGGACCUGGUCAAAAAACUUUAAAAAUUGUGUCUAACGAUCGUGCUGACGAUAAAGGCUCAGAACAAGUGGUGACAACUUCACAUGGUCGUGUGGAAACAGAGGAUAAUCCGAAUGAUAAUAUAAAUCAGCAAUCGGCAUCAUGUAGCACGCACCGAUCACCCCAUAUAUCAGCUUGUAAACCAGUUCGUAUUCAACAGAUGCGAGUAGAUGAUUUUUUGCCUUCAGGUAAAGUGCAAAAAACAGAUUCUGACAAUAAUUCGAAUACCAAAACUACAUAUUCUCCAAUAAAAUCCCAGUUAACUUUGAAGAAACUACUCUAUAAUCCACUAACUGAUGAUACGCAUACCCCUGGUCUUGUUCAAGAUGAGGUGCAUUCAUAUAACACUGCUGAAACAUCAACAGCACAGGCAUCAUCAUUUAAGUCUUCAUUAGCAACAUUCUACUCACGUUCACGCUUACAUCAUCUUUCUUCUUGGGCAAAAGAUAUGAAUAAUUUAGUCAAGAAAAUACGUGAAAAUGUUGAUCAUAUUUGUGACUUGGGUAUAGAAUGGCACAAUCAAGUUGUAAAUGAUUUGUCUCAGUCGACCAGUGAUUCAAAAGUUAUUGAAUUACGUGCACGGCAUUUUGGCUCUAAUGAUCCCAAUUCCUGUCCAUCAUCAUUACCAAAAAAACCUCGAAUCAUAUUUCAUAUCGAUAUGGAUUGUUUCUUUGUAUCAGUCGCCCUUCGAAACAGACAAGAACUUAAAGACAAACCGGUAGUAAUUACACAUGCUAAGGGCUCUUGUAAGUUCACUGAUAAGAAUCAAAGACACAUUCAUUCUAUGUCCGAAAUCGCCUCCUGUUCAUAUGCUGCUCGUAAUGCUGGCGUUAAAAAUGGUAUGCUUCUCGGGAAAGCGAAACAGCUGUGUCCAGAUUUAAUUGUUUUACCGUACGAAUUUGAAGCUUAUGAAACCGUAUCAAAGCUUCUGUACAAUACUAUUGCUCGCUUCACUCGAAAUAUUCAAGCAGUAAGUUGUGAUGAAUUAUAUGCGGAGUGUACAGAAUUGCUCACGAUUUCAAAUGAAAGUGAUUUCAAAACAGAAUUUGUUGACGGCAACUGGGAAUUAGUCUACAAAAUGAUUGAUCCAUUAACUCUGGGAAACUACAUACGAGAGCUGUUAAAAACAACCACUGGUGGGUGCACUGCAUCUAUUGGGUUUGGAACAAGCAAAUUGUUAGCGCGCCUAGCAACAAAGAAGGCUAAGCCCAACGGUCAAACUUUGUUUCUUGGUCAGUCUGGAGGCGAUAUUCAGGCGUUUGAUAACUCAAAAGCAAUAUUGAGCUGGAGAUGGUAUUCUGCUGAUGACGAUUUGCAGCAAAACAGUUCUCAUCCAGAAUGCGAACUGACUGGUGAGGCUUACCAGUGGUUCUGCGACUUGCCAUUGAUUGAAAUCCCAAGCAUAGGUCGGUCUUUGGCAAGUAAAAUUUCUCAAGCAUUCAAUGUGAAAACUUGCGGAGAACUAAUGCUAAAAAUUUCAAAUUGGCAGAUGAAAAGUUUGUUAGGAAAUAAAAUUGGUAAUCGCAUUUUCUUGGCCUGUCACGGCAAGGAUGUGGAUAUCAUGAGAUUUGAGAAAGAGUAUAAAUCUGUAUCGGCAUCGAUGAACUAUGGAAUUCGUUUAAACACGCAAUCUGAAUUGGAAGCUUUAGUGCGUUCAUUGUGCGAAGAGCUCAGUUCACGUAUGGCAAAUGUAGAUACUGGUGGAACUAACCCCGGAUGCCAAGGCAAAUCACUUACUGUUCGAUUGUAUUUACGUCUCCCUAAUGCUCCUGAGCAAACUGCAAAAUUUAUGGGUCAUGGACUGUGCUCGAUAAAGAAUCACACCAUUCAAAUGGCUGAACAUACAGCGAAAGCCACUGUUCUCUAUACUUAUGCACUUAAAGCGAUCCAACGUCUCUGUCUUGAACCACGUGAUUUACGGGGAAUAGGACUUCAUGUUCAUCAAUUGCAAAAUGCAAGGACAAAGACUGGUAAUAUGACAAACCUGAGCCCAAAAAUUAAUCAUAAGCCCAGAGAGGACUGCUGCCAACUGCUAGUUUGCGAUGGUCGUGAGAGUCUACAACCUAGUCUACUGAACAGUGAAGAUGAAUCUCAUCACAAGCUUGACACAACCACACGAGAAAGCAGAAGUAAAUACGGGGAAACUGGACCUUCACAGACUCUAGAGAAAACUCAUUUGGGGCAUUGGAUACAUGAGGAUGAUUCCUCAGAGGCUACUGAAGAAAACUGCAUAACACCAGUGAAGCGAAACAAUGCUUCCGUGAUAUAUAAAGAUUCGGCAACAGAAAGCACACGCAAAGGAGCUCUAAAUGCGGAUAAAAAACCCAAACUAGAAGACCAAGAAAUGGGCUGCAAUUAUGUUCCGACUGCUCUUACGAAUUGUACAAAGGACGAAGGAUCACCAGUUCGUAGUCUUACACGGGUAUUAGAGGAUCCCAGUGGUUUGUUUGUCAACAAAACAUUGUCCGAACUUCAGCAGAUAUUCGCAGAUUGGAUAACAAGUGAAGCAGUGCCUAUAAACGAAGAUAUUCAGAUUCUAACUGAAUAUCUUUUGUCUAUUGCGGAUACGAAUUUGGAACGGAUCCGUUCAGUCCUCAUACUUUUAGACAGACUAAUAACAGAGCUCGCGCAAACAAACGAUAAUUGGAGAAACGCAUACGAAUUGAUGUACAACAUGCUGUUACAAUCAGUCGAAGAAAAGUACAAUGGUUCGAGUCUGAAGUUAAGACUAAUGUGA